AUGUCUUUCCGUGGUAACAGAGGUGGCGGCGGUGGUUUCCGAGGUGGUCGUGGAGGCGGCGGCGGUGGAUUCCGCGGCCGAGGUGGCGGCGGCGGUGGCGGAGACCGUUACAACCAAGGCCCGCCAGAAGAAGUCAUCGAAGUCGGCUACUUCACGCACAGCUGCCAAGACGACAUUGUCUGCCACACGACAUGUGGAAAAAUACCCUAUUUCAACGCUCCUGUUUAUUUUGAAAAUAUGGAACAAAUUGGCAAAAUCGACGAGAUCUUCGGCUCUCCCGGUGAAAACGUUAGUUUUCAUUAUAUUGCUCUCAAAAAUGUUGUUUGAUUGUGCGAAUCUUUGAUAGUUUCUUCAUGUGCAUUUGACGUAGGCCGAAAAAUGAAUGAUAUUAAUCUUAUUGCCCUUUUUUUCUGCCUUUUUGCAAAUGUAUUUUUGAAUUUGAACUAUAGAAAGUGUCAAAAUUUUCAGAAACCCGUUAGGAAACUCACAAAAUUCGUAAAUGUAUUCAGGAAAGUAUAGAACACAAAAAAAAGAAUAAUAAUUAGAAAAUAUUUUUGCAAUAUUUUUCAGGGGUUUUCUGUAAAUCUAUCACAAGGCGUCAAAGCCUCAUCUUUCAAAGACGGACAGAAAAUUUUUAUUGAUCCCGCCAAGCUCCUACCUGUCGAGAGGUACUGUUACCACUUUAAACUCACUUAUUUUAAAGUUUGUUUUUUCAGAUUUUUGCCCCAAGCUGGAGGAGGACGAGGAAGAGGGCGCGGCCGUGGUGGAGAUCGCGGCGGACGAGGUUUAUUUCAAAAUAAAAAAAUAAAAUCAAUUAAAUAUGAUUUUAAGGUGGAGACCGAGGUGGCCGAGGAGGUCGAGGCGGAUUUGGUGGCGGAGACCGAGGCCGUGGUGGCGGCGGUAAGCUACAGUUUCAUAGAGAUUUCGGAAUAGCGUAACCAUCAAAAAUGUCCAUCUUUCGUGCUUUUAGUGUUGAAUGGGAGUGGAUUUUGGAUGUUUUUGGGGGCUGUGACCUCAUUUCUGGUCCUUUUUUUCGUGAUAUUUAGUUCAGUUUUGAUGCUUUAGUUUCAUACGUUUUUUGUGCGCUUUCGGAUUAUUUUGAAAACUUUUAAGCAAAAUGUCUUUCAAGAUGAUUUUUUUUUCAAGUAUUCCCCUAAAACUCUUCAGAUUUUUCCUAUUCAUAACCUGAAUUUCAUUUUGAGAAGGUUUAUGGUUAGGAACAGGAAAAACCGCAGAUUUUCAUUUUUUUUUUUUCACUCGUUUUUCAUGAUUAUCAAAGGCUUGGUGCAGUUUGAAGCCAAAUAUUAUGGGUAGACAAAUUUUUGAAUCAAGAUUCUACAGGAAAAUUGUUUUCCAUUAGAAAAAAGAAAUGAAAAAAUCUCGAAUUUCAGGAUUCCGAGGCGGUAGUCGCGGAGGAUUCGACCGUGGAGGCGGCCGAGGCGGUGGCUUCCGCGGAGGUGACCGGGGAGGCUUCAGAGGCGGCGAUCGUGGCGGAUUCCGAGGCGGAGACCGGGGGUCUCGAGGCGGUGAUCGAGGUAUUUUUAUACAAUAAUCGUGUUUUUUCUGAAAAUUAUCCUUUCAGGAGGCUUCAAACGGCCAUUCAAUGGUGGCGGCGGCGGCGGUAAUUUCAAUAAGAGGACUAAGUUCGAUGACUAA